AUGGUCAUCCCUUCCGCCUUCACCCAGGCUCACAUCGAUGCCUUCUACCACUACAUUGGCUUCCCAGCUAGCCUGCGACAGCACCGUCCAUUGGAAGACGCUGCAAAGGACAUCCAUUUUCUCACCCAACUCCAUGUUUGUAUGAUUGCGGCAGUGCCGUACGACAAUCUUUGGCUGCACUACGACCCCACCCACAGGGUCGACAUCACCGCUCUUGGCAGCUUCGACAAGAUCGUCACACAAGCUCGGGGUCGUGGCAGCUACUGCAUGGGCAACCACGUCCUCCUGAACCAUAUCCUUCGCUUCUUGCAGUUUCCCGUCUACCUCGGCCCAGCUCGAACCAGGCCGCGAGUUGACUCCGUCCCUCAAGGCGAGUUCCCCGGCUGGAUCCAUCUCGUGAACAUCAUCACACUUUCUGAUGGCCAAGUAUGGACUAUGGAUGUUGGAUUCGGCGGUGAUGGCCCAACAAAGCCCAUACCGCUUGUCCAUAAUCAGCCGCAGGUCAACCUGGGCAGCCAGGAGGUUCGCCUUAUCCGUGAUUGGAUCCCAACACAACUGCACCGCACCGAGGCGAGCAAGCUCUGGAUCUAUGAGUACCGCAAUGGAAAGGACAAGGCGUGGAACUCGUUCUACGCUUUCUCGGAAACAGAGGCGAUGGAGGCUGACUUCCAUGUCAUCAACCACUUCACUGGGACCAGCCCUGACAGCCAUCAUACUAUUACACAGCUGCUUGUCAGGUUCCUGAGAAGAGAGAAGGAGGAUGGAUCUGGCGACCAAGAGAUCUACGGCAAGCGCAUGCUGGUCAACGCGGUCGUUAAAGAGAACCUUGGUGGUAAGACGAAGGUCGUGGAGGAGUGUAAGACGGAGGCGGACCGCAUAAGGGUGCUGAAGGAGUGGUUUGGUAUCACACUGACUGAGAAAGAGAAGGAGGCUAUUAAAGGGACGGCAACGGAGCUGAAAUAG